AGGCAGGCAGUCACAAGCUUUUGAGACACUUCCCUUCUCAGUCCAUGUAGCGAAUCUGUGGCCGGACUCCCUUCCAUCCCUCUUUCCCCCCUAUAUUUUCUCUCCCUCACAGUUCUAUUGUUCUGCGCCAUCUCUCACCUCUCACUUUGCGACUCUUGGCAUCCUCGACAAACAAACCAUUCCACCAAAAUUCCACCGUCGCUUUUCGCCCAAGGAGCUCAUCACCAUCACCCCUCUUUUUAAUACUAUUAUCACCAUUCUUUUAGCGAUCCCAAGCCCUGAUAGACAAGAGCUUAACCCUCCCCUUUCUACCCGUCGCUCUCUCCCUCCCUCUCCCUCUCCCUCAACAAUCAUGGCCCCAAUGAAUGGGGUCGCCGCGGCAGACGCCCCCCCAGGAUUCGCACCCGCCGCCGUCCAGCUUGCCCGGGACCUCCUCUCCAAAUCCGCCCUAGCAGCCCUCGCCAUCGCCGCCAUCACAUCCGAAGCCGCCGCCUUCCCAACGGCCGAAGGGACCGCCUCCCAGCCGCCAGCUGAUGAAGCCCACCAGCACCCCCACUACAACGCCCACACCCGCCGCGACCUAACCACGAACCACACCCAGCGCGUCACCCUCGCCGUCAUCGCCGCCUACAUCGUCGCCAUCGCCAUCCUCUGGAACAUCCCCGUUGUGAGCUACGUCCUGUGGCCCUUCAAGAUGCUCGUCAUCGCCUUCCACGAGUUCGGCCACGCCUUCGCCGCCGUCUGCACCGGCGGCAAGGUCGUCGGCAUCACCCUCGACCCGCGCGAGGGCGGCGAGACCCGCAUGAUCGGCGGCCGCAACGCCAUCACCCUGCCCGCCGGCUACCUCGGCUCCUCCCUCAUCGGCGCCCUGCUCAUCUUUUGUGGUUUCCACGUCAACGCCUCCAAGGUCGCCAGCAUGGUGCUCGGCGUUUGCUUCCUCCUGACCCUGUGGUGGGGGAAGCGGGAUUGGCUGACCAUCGUCACCAUCUUGCUCGCCGUUGGGCUUCUUGUUGGUUUUUGGUUCAUUGCCCAUGCCCAUGCUCUGCGUUUCCUCAUUCUCUUCAUCGGCGUCAUGUCCUCUCUCUACUCCGCCUGGGACAUCUGCGACGACCUCAUCAUCCGCAAAGUCCACUCGUCCGACGCAAGCGUCUUCGCCCGUCGCUACGGGGGCUCCUCCGCCUGCUGGGGCGUCAUCUGGAUCAUCAUCAGCCUCUGUUUCAUGGCUGCCGCCAUCGUCGCUGGCAUCGCCGCCUUCCCCCAGUCGUUUGAGGAGCAAGACCGCGACUCACUUCAUUUCCUGCCGACCUAAGAAAGCGAAUACGAAAUAAUAAAUCGAUAGACGGAGCGACACGGAAGCAUGUUCGAUUAUGACGAGUAACGACCCUGGACGAGCAGGACGCCCAAGGAACAUACACAGUAAUCAUGAAGGCUAGCGCAGAUAGUCGGCGUUGGGAGUUGCGAUUUCAAUGGGGAUAUCUAAUUUUCAUUUUCAGUGGUAUAUGAGGUUUACUUGGCUGCCAGCGGUCAUGAAGGCCGCGGCGCUUCACCCGUCUUUGUGAAAAGUGUCCAGUCACGGCAUGAAGCAACAAGACGCACAAAUUCCAGUAUUGUCGUUGCUAUCGCCUAUGGCCCUCCGGGAUAUGAAGCGCUGCUUUUGUAUACCACUGCGCCGGAAGGAGACAGUAGAACCAAGGCAUAAUAUAGACAGACCCUGGGGUUAACAAUGCGUAAGAGAUAUCGCAAUUCAAAUACAACCGUAGGAUACCAUACCACUGCGACGGUUAAAGUAAAACUGACGGC